AUGAGCUCCUAUUUCGUCAACUCAUUCUGCGGACGCUACUCAAACAGCGCGGACUUCCAGUUGCACGGCUAUGGGGACGCCGCGGGAGAGUACCGGGAUGGCAGUGAAGGGGCCAUGCACGCGGGAGGCAGGUACGGGUACGGGGGGUACAACGGAGUGGACUUGAGCGUGGCACGCAGCGGAAGCGGAGGCGGAGGCGGCAAUAACAGCAGCAGCGGAGGUGGACACUUCAGCCACCGGGCGCACGAAGACUUCAGCGCCGGUCCCUCGGUCAUAGACCCGGGGAGGUACGCGCAGAGCAACCCCACGCUGCAGAAAGCCAACAUCCAGUGCAACAAUUCCCCAAUUCUUCCUCAAGAGCAACAACUGUCCUGUGCCGCUUCUGCCGCGUCUCACAGCGGGGACGCGCGCAAGGCUUCGGGCGGCGGCGUGGGGAGUCCUCAGCGCGCCCUGGGGAGCAUGGUCCUGGACAGGGACCGGGACUGCAGUCGUGCGAACGCCGUGUCCAAAGCGGUGAGUCUGGAGGACGCGGUGGAGGCGGCAGAGGCGGUGGACGCGGCGGACAAAUGCGUGACGCCUCCACAACACCAGCAACAGACAGGCGACCCCAGCGGGCAGCCACAGAUCUACCCGUGGAUGAGGAAGCUGCACAUAAACCACGAUCUGUCCGGUCCCGAUGGAAAACGCGCACGCACGGCCUACACGCGCUACCAGACGCUGGAGCUGGAGAAGGAGUUCCACUUUAACCGCUAUCUGACGCGCAGACGGCGGAUCGAGAUCGCGCACGCACUCUGCCUCUCCGAGAGACAAAUCAAGAUCUGGUUUCAGAACCGCAGGAUGAAGUGGAAGAAGGACAACAAGCUCAAGAGCAUGAGCAUGGCGUCCGCGGGAGUCCCCUACAGGCCGUAG